GGACACCAGGUUUCUUGUUCACAUAUUCGAGCAAGGAACACCCAGGUCAUCGACACGAUGGGCCAUGGGCAGUUCGUGUCGACGAUGCUCAUCCACACGACGGUGGUAAACCCCGGCCUGAAUUGGAUCCGCACACCUGGCCGCUUUUCCAAGUCCAUUGCGAUAUUGUACUCCAUUGGCUUCCUCAUCGCCAUUGCCAGCGUCUCUAUCGGAUACGAAGUGGCUAACAACCCGCCGAAUUUUUACGUCGUCAUGGGCGUCUCCCGCGACACGCCGUUUGCUGACAUCAAGAAAGCGUACCGCUCUCGGUCGAUGGAGCUCCAUCCUGACAAGAAUCCGUCUCCGAAUGCUGCGGACGAGUUCAAGAGAUUGCGCGUGGCUUACGACAUCCUGAGCGACUCCUCAAAACGCGACGUAUACGACUUUUACGGUGAAGACGAAGCGUUAAAGGACGAAAGCAAAUCAUCGUCCUCUUCGGAUCUGGGACAGAUCACGUCGCUGCUUUCUUACUAUGUCGUGUGGGCCAUUUUGACGUACGUGUUGACUCUUGGCGACGCACCCGACGUCCGCGCGUGGGCGUACUCGGGCUGCUUGCUCAUGCUCGUGGCAGAAAUCAACAUCACUUUGGCCAAGGUUGGACUGUCCAAGACGUUCUUUCCUCAAGUCACCGUGUACGAGCUUGUGCAGUUCAUGCACUUGUUGUACCCGCCAUUCAUGAACGGUUGUCGCUCCAUGGGCGCGUUCUACGUGCGCAAUCUGGUGCAGGAGAACUACGACCUCAGUAUGGAACUGCUCAAGAGCAACAAGAUGAUUUUGAUGGGGAUGCGACAACUGAAUGCAGAGCUGCAAGGAAUUGGUCAUCCCGCACGACGCUCGAAGACUCAAAAGCACUCAACCGUUGGUAGUGUCGCAGAAGGAGCUGCCCCGCAACAACCCCAGCAACCAACUCUCGAAGAAGCUGAGCUCAUUCAGCCGUCGCCCUCGAUCGACAACUCGGGGGGGUUUACAGUGCCCCGUUUUGUGUACGCCAUUGGGUUUUACUUGGUCAUGAACUACUUUUUCGGCUGAAUUUUCACCCGACAUUAAACGCAACAAGUGCAAAUGACAGCCGCAUCUAAAUUCAAAAUUGUCCAAAGCCCUCGCUCGCUCCAUGAAUCACCAAGCCUGGAGCAUUGCAGGCGUUAACGAAUUCGAGCAGUACUUCCAUCCCCCG